GUUUUGUUAUAAACAUUACUGAUCGAGCGAUAAUGUUCCUUAAUUAGCGGUCUGUUAAUGUAUUGUUAAAUUUAUCAAAUCUUCAAUUUUCGUUUAUUCUGCGUAAGAAUAGCUAAACUUUUAUAUAAUAUUUGGCUUAUUAAAUUUACUGUAAUAUUUAAUCAUGGCUCUUAUUAUUCAAAAUUCAAUUUCCAAGACAUUAUUUAAAUUCUCUAAAUUGAAGCCUAUAUUGUCAGUAAAUUUAUCAACUCAAGGAACACGUGAAUAUAUUAUUACAGAAAAAGUUGGUGAAAAAAAGAAUGUUGGUUUAGUUCGACUAAAUCGACCUAAAGCUUUAAACGCACUAUGUGAUGGUCUCGUAAAUGAACUUACUGAAGCUGUUGAAGAGCAUGAUGUUGAUAAAUCAAUUGGAGCUAUAGUUGUAACUGGUAGUGAACGAGCUUUUGCAGCUGGUGCUGAUAUUAAAGAAAUGUUAAACCAAACCUAUUCUAGUAAUGUGAAAUUUGGAUUGCUUGAACAAUGGAAUAAAUUGACUAAAUGUAAGAAACCAAUUAUUGCUGCUGUUAAUGGUUUUGCAUUAGGUGGAGGUUGUGAGUUAGCAAUGAUGUGUGAUAUAAUAUAUGCUGGAGAAAAAGCCAAAUUUGGACAACCUGAAAUUAUGCUUGGAACUAUUCCUGGAGCAGGAGGUACCCAACGCCUUAUACGAUCUUGUGGAAAAAGUUUUGCAAUGGAAAUGUGCCUUUCUGGUAACCAAGUUUCUGCUCAAGAAGCAUUAGCUCGAGGCUUAGUCAGCAAAGUGUUUCCUCCAGAAAAAUUAGUGGAAGAAGCUAUUAAACUAGCUGAAAAAAUUAGUGAGAAUUCUCCUUUAAUUGUUUCUUUAUGCAAAGAAACUGUAAAUUAUGCAUAUGAGUCUAGUUUAAGUCAAGGACUACAGUUUGAAAAGAAAAUAUUCUAUAGUACCUUUGCUACAGAUGAUCGUAAAGAAGGAAUGUCAGCUUUUGUUGAAAAAAGAAAACCAAAUUUUAAUAAUAAUUAAAAUAAUAUCAAACUUUAUCUUAAAAAAUAUGGUGUUAUGAUGUUAAAAUUAUUUUAUAAUGUAGAUAUAUAAAUUAUAAUAAAUUUUUAUAUUUUUGUCAAAUAAAUUUAUAUUUAAAUUAA